AUGGAGCUCUCUGUGCCCUUCAGAUUUCGAUCAGGGAAUCUCCUCUCACCCUUUACUCACGUACCCAUCAGCCACCCUUUCAAGCAUCAACUUCCCUUUUCAACCAAGGUCGUCAACAAGCCCAAGAUUUCUACACUAACGGUUAGAGCUCAGAGAAGGGCACCUAUUGAAGGGGUGAGCGAUGAGUUGAACGCUAUAGCUCGUCGUAACCUUGACUUUGCUUACACUCGCAGAAGGGUCCGCGCUGCUUUCACCGAGGUUCAGCAGCAGUUGGAUCAUUGCUUGUUCAAGAAUGCUCCAGCUGGGAUCAGAACUGAAGAAUGGUACGAAAGGAAUUCGAGGGGAUUAGAAACUUUCUGCAAAAGUUGGAUGCCAAAGCCAGAGAUUCCACUCAAGGCUUCUGUGUGUUUCUGUCAUGGAUAUGGUGAUACUUGUACCUUCUUCUUUGAAGGUAUAGCCAGGAGAAUUGCUGCAUCCGGGUAUGGUGUCUUUGCAAUGGACUAUCCAGGUUUUGGUCUUUCAGAAGGAUUGCAUGGUUUUAUACCAAACUUUGAUUAUCUGGUCGAUGAUGUUAUAGAGCAUUAUACAAAAAUUAAAGCCCGGCCUGAGCUGAGAGACUUGCCUCGAUUUAUAUUAGGACAGUCAAUGGGUGGAGCAGUUUCUCUUAAAGUUCAUUUGAGGGAGCCAAAUAAUUGGGAUGGAAUGAUACUUGUAGCUCCAAUGUGUAAAAUUGCAGAUGACGUGUUACCAUCAGAUGCAGUUAUGAAGGUGUUAACUCUUUUGUCUAAAGUGAUGCCAAAGGCAAAACUCUUCCCAAAAGAGGAUAUAGAUGAGCUGUUCUUCAGGGAACCAAGCAAAAGAAAAUUGGCUGUUUACAAUGUCAUUUGUUAUGAUGAUAAUCCACGGCUUAGAACUGGCAUGGAGCUUUUAAGAACCACAAAAGAAAUUGAGUCGCAAGUACACAGGGUCUCAGCGCCAUUAUUGAUUCUUCAUGGAGCAGAAGAUAAGGUGACUGAUCCAUUAGUGAGCAAGUUUCUGUAUGAGAAAGCAUCCAGCAAAGAUAAGACUUUAAAGCUCUAUGAAGGUGGUUACCACUGCAUUUUGGAAGGGGAACCUGAUGACAGAAUAUUUGCUGUACAUGAUGACAUAGUCUCGUGGCUUGAUUUUAGGUGUUCAACUAAAUGA